AUGGAUUUUACAAAUAAGGAAUCAGCUGAAAUGAUUAACGAUAAUCUACUUAACUCUAAUGAACUUGAUUUAAAUAACACUGUUUACUUUGAAUCUGAGACGACUAUUCCUCUUGAUUAUUCUGAUACAUACAACAAUUCUGUACCCUCAGAAGAUGAUUACCAUAAUAUAUCCAAUUAUUAUAACAAUUCUGUACGCUCAGAUGAUAAUAAUUAUAUGGCUACUCAAUCAUGCAACUCAGUAGAUGAAGACGAAUUAGAUAACAAUGGAACAGAUGAUGAAUUGCAUUUGGAAUUGGUAGUUGGUAUUUUAUUUUCAUGCUGGGACUUUUUUAAAGCUUGGCUUAAUCGUUUUGCACUGCAGAAAGGUCCAAACGUGACAGUUGAUCCUACUAAGCAUCCGAGAGUAAAAAUCAAUUCUUUUUGUAAUGUUCACAACCAUCCACUUACCUCUAUGGUUAAUGAGAUUGCUACACGAUAUCGCAAGUUGACUCCUGAUAUGUUAUCAGACAUUGAAAA